UGAUUAGGCACCCAGGAUAGGGAUUUAACAUAUGUCUUGUAUUUUAAAGGCAGCCCUGUUCCCAGAAAGAUGAGUCUGUAGGAUGCAGUGAAGAUUCUGAUCUCUGUUUACGCCCGAUGACCGUGGGCACCCCGUGCCUUUAUAGCGAGUGGGAGCACUAGUUCAGUCUCUAGUUAAAGAAGCGCUGCAGCAUCCUUUCCACUUCCCCUUCCUGCCAGUGAGGAUCCUUGUAUUUCCCUAUUGAUUGGAUGUAAAAAGGACCAUGAAACCACCUGCAGGACCCCAUUAGCACCUUGUGGAUGAAUAUAAAUCAUAAAUCUUAUCGCUACCUUUGUUUUAUUACAAAGGCUUUUUUAUAAUGUCCAGUGAUGAGCUGCAGCUUUCCAGCAUCCAUUCCGAGUUUGGUAAGAAACCGCCGGUGGUAUGGGGUUGUGUACUGAGCAAAGAUGACAAGACCUAUGUGUUUGAACCUGAGGAUGAUUUCUUGGAACAUUUGCUGGAACUGUGGACGAUUUGCCUUGGGGCCGAAACUAAAGAUGAAACAAAUGUGGUUGCUGCGGAACUGCGCCAAACUCAAGGAAAGCCAAUCACCAUUGCUUCUCUCCGGCCGUCUGUCUUACCUAUGAUCAAUGUCAAUGGUUUGGAGUUUAGUACCCCAGUUACCUUCACCUUGAAAUCUGGUUCUGGUCCUGUUUACAUCUCAGGAAUCCAUAUUUCAUUAGAUGACGGAGAAGAUGAGACUCAGGAAGAUCUGUUCUAAAGGUGACUUAUGAGUUACUUUUGUCGAGUAUAGCCGCAUCCUUGGCUGAGUUUAUCCUUGGGAGAAGAAGUGAGAAAAUUGAUUCAGAAGGAAAUGAUAAAUCUUGAGACCCUAAAACUAUCAGUGGACUGUAUUUCUAUUUAUCAUAAAGCCCCAAUGUGGUUUAUGUGCUGUCAGGCAGAUGCAUUUAUCAUCAUUGUAGUGAUAAAUUUGUUUCAUCUGUAUUUUCUGUGACUGAAAUACCAAUAUAAUAAUCACUAUAGAAAA